AUGACAAAAGCAACCGCCGUCCUCAUCGUCCAUGGCGGCUACUUCCUCCCCGCAGCCUGGACGCCCUUCACCAACGCCCUCAGCCACGCCGGCUUCACCGUACGCUGCCCACGCCUACCCACCUGCGGCGACACGCGCCCUCCUACAGCGAGAUUGGAAGAUGAUGUGCACGCUGUCCAGCAGGCUGCGCUAGAGUUGCGCGAUCAGGGCCAUUCGAUACUCGUUCUGGCGCAUUCGUAUGGUGGGGUUGUGGCCAGUGAGGCUAUCACUCCAUCCUUUUACUCGACAUCCUUGACAACAACAUCAACAUCAACAAACUCUAAACCGAACUCGGACUCGGACCUGAACUCGAAUGAGAACGAGAACGAGAACAAGAAUGAGAAAAAAGGAGGAGGAGGAGUAGUAGCACUACUCUACCUCGCCGCAUUCCUAAUCCAACCAUCCACCGCCCUGGGCCAAACAAUGACCAAACACAUCCCUCCAUCUCACGUGCAACUCGGCGAUGACAACGCCGACGGCACUGUAUACGCCCAAAACGCAGUAGAAGCGUUUUACAACGAUUUACCAAAAACGCAAGCAGAAGAGCUGGCGCGCAGCAAUGUCACGCACAACUGGUCUGCCGUGGCGCAUACGGUGCGUGGCGCGCCAUGGAUGGAUUUACCCACGGUGUAUAUCCAAUGUGCGCGAGAUCGCGCGCUGGUGUUUGAGUUGCAGCAGAUAUUGGUUGAUGAUGCAGUGGCGGCAGCAGAUAAGAAAGGGAUUGAGAGGGUUACGUUGGAUUCAGGGCAUUGUCCGUUUUUGAGUCGGCCGGACGAGCUGUUGGUUAUUAUCAAGAGGGUUGCACUUGCACAAUAG